UUUCUUUAUCUAAGAGUUUUAUAGACCCAUGUUUCUUUAUCUAAGAGUUUUAUAGACACAUGUUUCUUUAUCUUAGAGUUUUAUAGACGCAUGUUUCUUUAUCUAAGAGUGUUAUAGACCCAUGUUUCUUUAUCUUAGAGUUUUAUAGACCCAUGUUUCUUUAUCUUAGAGUUUUAUAGACGUAUGUUUCUUUAUCUAAGAGUGUUAUAGACCCAUGUUUUUUUAUCUAAGAGUUUUGUAGACCUAUGUUUCUUAAUCUAAGAGUUUUAUAGACCCAUGUUUCUUUAUCUAAGAGUUUUAUAGACCUAUGUUUCUUUAUCUAAGAGUUUAUAGACCAAUAUUUCUUUAUCUAAGAGUUUUAUAGACCUUUGCUCGGUGAGGUGCCUGGGCGAUGUCAUCAGAUCAACAGAAAGUGCCCCAGGGAAUGCUGGAAAAUCAACGGUUUCACAGGAUGUAUGUACUGCGCAUGUCCAUGUGAGUAGUGAUAUUAAUAUGGAAUAUAAAAUAUAUCCCGACUAAUCCAUAUCAAUGCAGAAAUAAUUGUAAUCAAAAUGUAUUGCGAAUGAUUUGUUUGUUUAGUAACGACGACAUUGAGCACAAUGACAGAUUCGAAAAAUAGUGUGCAUCCUCUACAUGUAUAUCAGAUCAAAUCAACUCAAACUCCCGGGACAAAUGGAAAACACACCACAACCACAGCUUCACAUAUGUCUCCUCUUAAAACUCCAAUUAAUUCACAUCCGGUACCAACCUCUUCGAUAAAGACGUCACAUCCCUCCUCACAUAUGACGUCACAAAUAACGUCUCACAUGGCAUCUAUAUCGCCAUCUGUUAUCUCUAAACAAACGCAUCCGCUGAUUUCUACCACAUCAUCACCACUUGACAUGACGUCAUCGAUGUCUCCAAAUACGUCACCAGUAUCCGUAGCUGCACAAUCUACUAAACUAUCAUCAGCAGAAGAAACGAUAACACCUACGGACACGUACACAUCACCAAUAGGAAAUAUGACGUCGUCUUCUACGAUUACGUUUCCAAAAGAAUCGACAACAAAAAAAUACACGUCAUCGCUUGAACCAUUGACGUCAUCAACCACAACAUCACCUGCACAAACCGCUUCAUUGCUUGUGAUGUCAACAUCGGAACAUGAGCAUUUACAUCAUACCAAAUAUCGACAACCGAUUACAGCUAGGAGUGGCGGAUUUGUGGAUGGUGUGAAUGCUGGGAAGUUUGUAACAAGUCCUGAUUCAGAGGGAGGAGGCAAAAUGCAUCUUCAAAAGCUCCUGAGUUCAUUAGGAAAUACUAAGGCAUCACUGCAAACUCCAACAAUAACCACGAGAACACCCGAAGGUAGUACCACAGGAGGUAGAUACUUUACUCCGGAAUACGUCCGUGUUACACCAGAGUCGGAAACAACAGAUAUUACUACACCGAAAUAUAAACCAUCACAGACAAUUCCGACUUCAGUGAACAGAGACAAAUCAGAAAGUGUUACUAAAUCAGCGACAGGUAUCCAACAGUUACAUUCGGAUACAUCACAGCUUGGUAUUGACCCACACACAGCAUCGUCUGGUGUAAAACAGGUGGGACACAUUCACAACUAUAACACACUUCUGGAGUUCUUCCGAGAAAUCGAUUCUGGUGAAAGGGACAAGGCCAUGGAUUUGCUUCAAAACUUUUUCAACAAUGUAAAAGAGUCUGGCUCUCUUACAUCAAAUCCUGCUCGAACUGGAAAUGUGUUACAUGGAGUACAAACUAUAGCGUCAACCGAGAAAUCAGCCGACCCUGGUAAAUCAUCUGACGUCACGACACGUGUACCGGAACGACAGUCCGUUAUACCAACACAAAAUAACAACGAGACUUUAACGUCGCCAGUAACCGAUACUGGAGGGACAAACGAGACGGAGAAGGGGAGGCAAUCCAUCACUGUUGUUCCAAAUGAAUCUAAUUUGUGCCCCGGGACAAAACCACAUUGUGAGGACAAAACCUGCCACGUGUACGACACACUAAGACGAUGCAUGCUUUGUAUAUGUGACGAUGUCGGUUUGUUUGGAGACAAAACACCUAACCAGACGACGCCUCAGGGACAACCUGACAAUAGCCCAGUAUGCAGACCUAUUCCAGAAGACUGUGCCGAUGAGUGUCUUUUCCUUGACGGUACAAACUACUUUUGUCCGGUGUGUAGAUGUGAACAAAACGAUCUUAAAAGGCAAAGACCAGACGCCAUAAUGACUACAGACACGUGUCCUCCGCUGAAUGAAAGCUGUCCCCAUGGUUGUGAGGGACUCAGCACCGAAACAUUUUGUCCCCAGUGUAAGGGUUAAAACUCGUGACAACAUGGAAUGUAUCCCGUCGUAAUGUUAAUUACACCGGCAUUGUAAUGGAGGAUGCUACAUAAGUGUGACAUUGAACAAUAAUUAGAUGUAGAUGAAUCUGACGGAUACAGGAUUUUAUUGAUAACGUAGCCCCUAUUCAUCAGAACGUCAGCGACGACUUUCAAACGAAAAGACUCAUUUAAGGAUGGAAAAUCGUGCAAAACAAUACUGUGACGUCAUAUAUUCAUAGUGUUAUCAUUGUGUGACGUCAUAUAUUCAUAGUGUUAUCAUUGUGUGACGUCAUAUAUUCAUAGUGUUAUCAUUGUG